CACAGAUGAUUUCGUCCACUCUUAUAUUAUAGUGAGCUUUUUCAGCUUUGAGUUUCUUGUUUCUCUCUUAAUUCUCGUUUUCAUCGUUAAAAAAAAAAACACCAAAACACACAACUUCAUGGCUCGGAAAUUCUUCGUCGGCGGCAACUGGAAAUGCAAUGGGACAACUGAGGAGGUUAAGAAGAUUGUUACUACACUGAAUGAAGCUGAGGUUCCUUCCCAUGAUGUUGUGGAGGUUGUUGUGAGCCCUCCAUUUGUGUUCCUUACCCUUGUCAAGAGUCUGUUGCGGUCUGAUUUUCAUAUCGCUGCUCAGAACUGCUGGGUCCGCAAAGGCGGUGCUUUCACAGGAGAAAUUAGUGCGGAGAUGCUUGUUAAUUUGGGGAUUCCAUGGGUUAUUAUUGGUCACUCUGAGAGAAGGGCUCUCUUGAAUGAGUCCAACGAGUUUGUUGGAGAUAAGGUAGCGUAUGGGCUUUCUCAAGGCUUGAAAGUGAUUGCUUGCAUUGGAGAGACUCUCGAACAGCGAGAAUCAGGCUCUACCAUGGCUGUAGUUGCUGCACAAACCAAAGCAAUUGCCGAUAAAGUUACAAAUUGGGAUAAUGUUGUUUUGGCAUAUGAACCUGUUUGGGCCAUUGGUACUGGGAAGGUUGCAACCCCUGCUCAGGCUCAGGAAGUUCAUUGCGAAUUGAGGAAAUGGCUUAAUGAAAAUGUUGGCGCUGAUGUUGCUGCAUCAACUAGAAUUAUAUAUGGAGGUUCCGUAAAUGGAGCAAACUGCCAGGAGCUGGCCGGACAGGCAGAUGUGGAUGGCUUUUUGGUUGGUGGGGCUUCUCUGAAACCCGAGUUUGUGGAUAUCAUCAAGUCCGCAACUGUGAAAAAGAAUUGAAGUUCACAGCCUGGAAUCAUAGCUUAAAAGCAUAAACAAAAUUCUGGGGAAAACUUUUUAAUUUUGUAGUUGUGGCCCCUUCCACAGAACCUCAUAUCAGACCAAAUUUGACAUUGUUUUCGUUGGUUUGAGACAUGAAUGCUCGUGUUGGACUUUCA